CUCUAUAAGCAUACGCUGUAGCUGUAUUCUGUGCCUGAGUGGGAGGAUUGCAUGGAAAUGCUAUAAGUAUUUUUGCAUGAAAAAUGCUAUAAUCAUCAAUUAACUUUUAAUACAAUAUUUUUUAAAAGCAAGUCAAAAUGUUAGUACUAUUUGAAACUCCGGCUGGAUAUGCUAUUUUCAAGUUACUCGAUGAGAAUAAGUUAUCCAAAGUGGAUGACCUUUUCCAUGAUUUUGAGUCACCUGAAGCAGCUAGUAAAAUAGUAAAAUUAAAGCAUUUUGAAAAGUUUGCUGAUACUACAGAAGCUUUAGCAGCUACAACAGCUGCAGUAGAAGGUAAACUUAGUAAAUCAUUGAAGAAGAUCCUGAAAAAAUAUUGUGCAGAACUACAAGAACAAUUAGCUGUUGCUGAUGCUAAAUUGGGUAAUGCCAUUAAAGAUAAACUCAGUUUGCCUUGUGUUAGCAAUACUGCUAUACAAGAAUUAAUGAGAUGCAUACGAAGUCAAAUAGACAGUUUGCUGGUUGGACUUCCAAAGAAAGAAAUGACAGCAAUGGCAUUGGGUUUAGCACACAGUCUAUCUAGAUACAAGCUUAAAUUUUCACCUGAUAAAAUUGAUACUAUGAUUAUACAAGCAGUUUGUCUAUUAGAUGACUUAGACAAAGAAUUAAAUAACUACGUUAUGCGUUGUCGCGAGUGGUAUGGCUGGCAUUUUCCAGAACUUGGAAAGAUUAUUACUGACAACAUAGCAUUUGUGAAAACAGUGAAAGUUAUUGGAACUAGAGAAAAUACUGCAAACUCAGAUUUAUCUGAUAUAUUACCAGAAGAUGUAGAAGAAAAAGUGAAAGAAGCUGCAGAGAUAUCUAUGGGAACUGAAAUAUCUGAAGAUGAUAUUUUAAAUAUUCAACAUUUAUGUGAUCAAGUUAUCGAAAUCUCACAGUACAGAGCACAAUUAUAUGAUUAUCUUAAAGCCAGAAUGAUGGCAAUGGCACCAAAUUUGACUGUACUUGUUGGAGAUUUAGUUGGAGCACGCUUAAUUUCACAUGCAGGUUCUUUAAUUAAUCUUGCUAAACAUCCAGCUUCUACUGUACAAAUACUUGGUGCAGAAAAAGCUCUAUUUCGAGCAUUAAAAACGAAAAAAGAUACUCCAAAAUAUGGUUUAAUUUAUCAUGCGCAACUUGUUGGGCAAGCUUCAACUAAGAAUAAAGGAAAAAUGUCUAGAAUGCUAGCUGCUAAAGCAUCGUUAGCAACUAGAGUAGAUGCAUUAGGAGAAGAUGGGAAUUUUGACCUUGGUGCUGAACAUAGAGCUAAAUUAGAAGCACGAUUAAGAAUACUAGAAGAAGGAAACUUUCGUAGAAUAAGCGGAACCGGCAAAGCAAAAGCAAAAUUUGAAAAAUAUCAAGUUAAAAGUGAAUUUAUUCAGUAUCCUACAGCUGUUGAUACAACACUUCCAAGUGGGAAACGAUGGCAUUCAGAAACUGAAGAAAAAAAAUCAUUAAUCGAAGAAAUUGAUACAAAACAAGAUGAAGAAGUACCUAAAAAAAAGAAGAAAAGACAAAGCACUGAAAAUUUAGAAGAAUCAAUGACACAACCAGAAGUAAGUCAAGUGAAGGUAGAGGAAGAAGUUACACCAUCAUCAAAAAAGAAGAAAAAGAAAGUUAAAACAGAAACUGUAGAAGAAGCUUCUAGUGAAUCUAUCGUGAAAGAGGAAAAACUAGAAGUUUCUAACAUAUGCGACGAAAGUUCUGAAGUAGUCGAGGAACCAACAAAGAAGAAGAAGAAAAAGAAGAAAAAUAAACAAGAAUUAAAAGAUACAGAUGACCUUCAAGAAGCCCAAGAUACUGUACUUCCAAGCGAAGAAAGUACUGAAAAGAAAAGGAAAAAAAAGAAGUCUCAAAAUGAAUAAUGUGCAAACUUAUAAUUAAUAUCCUUAUAACAGAAUGUUUUUACAAUUAUGGUUAAUUGUAGAUUACAAACUGAUUUAUUUGAACGUAUAUUUUAUAUUAAAAUUUAAUUACCAAACAAAA